AUGUCUCGUCGUAUUGAAUCGUCUACUUCAUGGGCACGACACACUAGUAGUUCAACGAUAUCAUCAAUCAGUACACAAAAUUCUAAAGUUACUAUGGUUAUUUGGAUAUAUCGAAUUAUACUUUUGUUUAUUUUAUUAUUAUUUAUUAUACCUUUCGCAUUAUUAUUAACACCAUGGUGGAUAUGGAUGCAACCAUUCGAAAAGAUAUGUCCAAAUAUAAUGAAUGGUUAUUAUCGUCUUGUAACAUGGCCAUUAAGAAUAAGUAAAAAUAUUCGAUUUUAUAGAACUGAUGAUCAUUUUAUUGAAAAAUUAAAAUAUUAA